CUGUAUUUUGUUAAUAUUGUCAUACUCAUUUUGUAUCUGUUUUGCUGUUUGUAUUGGAAUUUAAUCGAUAAUAGUAUGUUUAUUGUCCGAAACGGUUGCAUUCUGUUGUGGUUUUUAUAUUUUAGAAUUUGAACCUAGGUUCUCUUUGAACGAGAGUGUUUUGUAUUGUAGUGUUUAUGACUUUAUGGAAUUGAUUGUUUUGCUGUUGAUUUAUUUACAACAGUUGCUGAAAACUGCAUUUCAUGCAUCUGCAUAGAAACAAUGACUUUCGAAGAAUUCAGUAAAUAUUCAUGUUUCAAUCUAUGUAUAACUAAAAAAAAUCAUAAGAGAGCUAUAGUGCCUAAGGUGUUCAAUGUGCAGGAAUUAGAUUGUCAACUUUUAUAUAAGCGGAACUUUGAGGCUGGAUAUCAUGUAUUCCAUUUUAUGUUUGACUAGCUAGCCAGAAGAAAAUGAAGAAGUUCAGAAGUAUAAUGUGGUGUGACUGAAAGCUUAUUAAUUACACAUAUGUAGUAAAUAACCCUUGAAGGUUUGUUGAUGGGAAAUAAUAAGUUUGAUACUGUUUGGUUAUAGUUUAGAUUAGAUUCGGAUGACAAUUUUUAUCAGUUGAAAACACAGCAUGAAGUAUAAUAACAGAAUAUUUAAUUCUGGCCCUGGAGCAUUUGUUUAUCACCACUAGCUCUUAGUGUAGACUUACAUUCCAGCUAUUUUUAGAGCUGGUUUGUUAAUAAUACAAAUUACUUAUGUUAAAAAAGGUUUAGUUUAGGCCGGGAUAGCAAUAGCGGGGGAAAAGGGGAAGGUACUUCAAUCAGCUCAAUUUGAUUGGAACUUUGAUGUUAUCCUUGAUAUAGCAGUGAGCAGCCCAAAUUCAAUUUUGAAACCAAAGACAGAUUGAUCUAUACUCCCAGUGCCAAUAUAAUGUUAUGUAACACUAUGAUUUUUAAGGUUUAUGCUUGGCUGUGGGUGAUUUAAUGAUCAUGUAGCUGAGAGGUAGAAGAAAUGGAAAGCCGAAACCCUAGAAUGUUCUUCUCAGGAAAACACGUGGUCAUGUGGAGAAAGAAAUAUCAGAGCCUUUGAGCUAAAUAAAUCACUGUAGGCCACGUCUAGAGGAAUUCGAUAUGUUUUAUGAACAUAUGGAGCCUAUUCAACAUUCCUAAUGAAUAAGUGAUUGCCUAGAAUCUCUAUAUUGGAACUGCAAUCUUUAAGAUGUUUUCUGUACGUCAUCUCUAUGGAUUAAUCCCUUCUUCUCAAUGAUGUACCUUAUCUGUAAAAAGUAGGCUGCUUAUAGUACAAAAUGCAUUUAAGAUUGGUAAAUUGAUAUUGAAUAUAUUACCAUAGAGAAUUUUGCUGUGAGUUCUGUUUGUGUAAUUUGUUCUUGUCUGUGUUAGUAACAUGCUUUCUGUCUUUCCUUGUUCUUUUAUAUCUUUCCAAAACAGGGUGUUCUUUGAUAUGUCUAGUAGGCAAGAUUCCGAUAUUGAUGAUGAUUUCAGUGAUCUUUACAAGGAAUAUACUGGCCCUGUUAGAUCCAACACAACUAAGGCACAGGAUAAAAUUGUGACAGAAAAAAGGCCUCAUGUUGGUUCAGACGAGGAAGAAGAGGAUGCCCGCGACCCCAAUGCUGUGCCGACGGAUUUUACUAGCAGGGAAGCGAAGGUUUGGGAAGCUAAAUCCAAAGCUACUGAGAGAAACUGGAAGAAACGAAAGGAGGAAGAAAUGAUUUGUAAAAUAUGUGGAGAGUCGGGCCACUUUACUCAGGGAUGUCCAUCUACUCUCGGAGCGAGUCGGAAGUCUCAAGAUUUCUUUGAGAGAGUGCCUGCAAGGGAAAGCCAUGUGAAAGCUUUAUUCUCCGAGAAAGUUAUAAAUCAAAUUGAGAAAGAUGUUGGCUGCAAAAUCAAAAUGGAGGAGAAGUUUAUUAUAGUCAGUGGGAAGGACAGAUUGAUCCUAAGAAAAGGAGUGGAUGCUGUACAUAAAAUUAAAGAAGAUGCCGACAAAAAGGGUCCUUCUAGUUCUCAGGUGUCCAGAUCAAAGUCGCCUGAGUGCCGAAGUCCUGUUAGCGCUCGUAUGGUACGUUCUAAUUCUCAGAGAUCCAAUCACAGUCCUCAGAGUGCAUCACAGUUACACCAUAGGUACGGAAGACAAGAGAAGGUUGUUGAUGAUCGCGGUCAUGAUGAUUUUCACAAAAUUGCAAGGAGUGGUUCACAAGCAAGAGCUUAUGGUAAUGAUGGAGCUAGAGGUCGAUCAAGCCUGUCAAAGUCUCCGGCACGUGCUGCUUAUAUGAGUAACUCAUAUAAUUCCUACGAUGGUCAUGGUCAGGGAAGGGGUGUCUACAGGUCUGAUGGUUGGGAUGCGAGUAGACGUGAUUCUGACAUGAAAUCUAACCGUGAUUUUGACCGCCCCUCCGUUCCACUGUCCUUGGAGAGUGUUGAAUUGGAAUACCAAAAGGAUGCCAUAGAUCUAGGAAGAAUUCGGGACAAGGAAGAAGAUGAAGAAAAUCACAAGCAUAGAGAGGCCAUUAGAGAUGUAAGAGAGAACUACAUGAAGAAAUUGUCCAUCCUUAGAGUUGAACAUGCAAAGCAAUGGGAAGAGUUUCUUCAAAUUGAUGCAGUAAGGAGGCAACAGCUGGCAGGACAACGAAUGUCAGCCUCCGGGUUUGGUGGUUAUAAUCAACAGAGUUAUCAAGAGUAUGACAACUCUGCAGGUAAUCCACAUUAUUCUGGACCCAACAUGCCAAUGGAACCAAGGGGAAGGUAUCCAAACCCUAUGGAUAACUAUCAUCCAUCAAGACCUCAUGACAGUUACGAUGACUUUCAGCGUCAGAGGCGUGAAGACUUCGGUAAAGCCUAUAAUCGAUACUAGAUGGGUAGAUUGGAGUUUUUUUGUGGACUUCAAAACUUUCAGGACCGCAAGUAGGUGGAGUACACAGGUUCACUGCGUCGAAACCGUCUGCGCAAGUAAUGUUUGGAGAUAUAGAAGCAUCAUGAGAGAUGCUGAGUGUGAUGGUACCAUAGAUGUUGUAAAGACAAUUGAAGAGGGUUCUUAUUUGGGGUUAGUGGUGGUACAUUUAUCUAGACUAGUGAAGUUUGUGCUCUGGCGUGAGAUUUGGAAAUUCUUAAUAUCAUGGUAUAUUUGCCUGCUUUUGCAAAUGAUGAGUGAUACUUUUUUCAUAA